GUUCUGUUUUGACUACAGUGCUUGUCCUUCGUAGGCAUCCGUAGAUCUCCAUCUUUGUAGCUAGCUCUGGAGCGCAAAAAGAGACAGACAGCUGGUGUUAGUCAUUUUUUGAAGCCACGCGUCUUUGGAAAUAAAGCCAAGGAGCUGUCUAAGCUUCACCUUCACCAUGUCGGACAAGAGCGAGCUGAAAGCAGAGCUGGAGAGAAAGAAGCAGCGCCUGGCACAGAUCAGGGAGGAGAAGAAGAGGAAAGAGGAGGAGAGGAAGAAGAAAGAGGCCGACCUGAAGAAGGACGCAGUCUCGGCUCCCGAUGACUCGGACCUGGAGAAGAAGAGGCGUGAGGCAGAGGCCCUUCUACAGAGCAUGGGCAUCACUCCUGAGGCCCCCGCCGUCCCACCACCCAUGUCUCCAACCUCCAAGUCUGUGGGCACGCCCAGCGAGGCGGGGAGCCAAGACUCUGGCGAUGGCGCCGUGGGACCAAGGACUCUGCACUGGGACUCUGACCCCUCUACCCUUCAGCUUCACUCUGACUCUGACUUGGGGCGAGGAGCCCUGAAGCUGGGCAUGGCCAAGGUCACCCAUGUGGAUUUCCCUCCCCGUGAGAUUGUAUCCUACACCAAAGAGACACAGACCCCAGUACAGACCCAGCUGAAAGAAGAGGAAGAGGAGGAGGAAGAGGAAAUAACCCCGGCUCAAACCACACUGGAGGCCCUGGAGGAGAAGCCAGUUCAGAAGGAUGAGGAGGAAGCACCCCCCUAUGAACUGACUGAGGAAGAGAAGCUGCAGAUCCUACACACAGAAGAGUUCAUGACCUUCUUUGAUCACAGCACCCGCAUUGUAGAGCGUGCCCUGUCUGAGCAGGUUGAUGUCUUCUUCGACUACAGUGGGCGGGAUCUGGAGGAGAAAGAAGGAGAGGUCCAGGCUGGAGCCAAACUGUCUUUGAACAGACAGUUUACAGAUGAGCGCUGGUCCAAGCACCGUGUUGUCACCUGUCUGGACUGGUCUCCUCAGUAUCCCGAGCUGCUGGUGGCUUCAUACAACAACAAUGAGGAUGCCCCCCACGAGCCGGAUGGCGUGGCGCUGGUGUGGAAUAUGAAAUACAAGAAGACCACGCCGGAGUAUGUCUUCCACUGCCAGUCUGCAGUGAUGUCCGCUGCCUUUGCCAAGUUUCACCCCAACCUGGUGGUGGGGGGCACCUACUCUGGCCAAAUUGUGCUCUGGGACAACCGCAGUAACAAGAGGACCCCUGUCCAGAGGACCCCGCUGUCUGCUGCUGCACACACGCACCCUGUGUACUGUGUCAAUGUGGUGGGCACACAGAAUGCACACAACCUGAUCAGCAUUUCCACUGAUGGCAAGAUGUGCUCCUGGAGCCUUGACAUGCUGUCCCAGCCGCAGGACAGCCUGGAACUGGUGUUCAAGCAGUCCAAAGCUGUGGCCGUCACCUCCAUGUCCUUUCCCCUCGGAGACGUCAACAACUUUGUGGUGGGGAGCGAGGAUGGGUCCGUGUAUACUGCGUGCCGCCAUGGAAGCAAAGCGGGGAUCAGCGAGAUGUUUGAGGGGCACCACGGGCCCAUUACGGGGAUCCACUGUCACACUGCCGUAGGCCCCAUUGACUUCUCCCACCUCUUUGCCACCUCUUCCUUUGACUGGACCGUCAAGCUCUGGAGCACCAAGAACAACAAGCCACUGUACUCGUUUGAGGACAACUCGGACUAUGUUUAUGAUGUCAUGUGGUCCCCCACCCACCCUGCCCUGUUUGCCUGUGUGGACGGAGUGGGCCACCUUGACUUGUGGAACCUCAACAACGACACAGAGGUUCCCACGGCCAGCAUCACGGUGGAGGGAAACCCGGCUCUGAACCGGGUCCGUUGGGCCCAAUCCGGGAGAGAAAUUGCUGUGGGCGACUCUGAUGGGCAGAUCCUUAUCUAUGAUGUUGGAGAGCAAAUUGCUGUUCCCCGGAGUGACGAGUGGACCCGUUUCGGCCGCACACUGGCGGAGAUCAACGAGAACCGCGACGAUGCAGAGGAGCUGGCCGCUCAGCACUUGUCAGCCUGAUUGCCUCAAACGGCGGUAUAGGGACCUGCUUUCAGUUUCCAACUCGAUUGUACGUUUUACUAUGGGGUGACACUGACGUUAAUGUCAGCAGCAGUCAAGAGCAUUUAUCUUUCUCUCUUUUUGUGGCAGCAAAAACCAGUCAAACCAGAUAUGCAAAUCUUGUUUUUUAAUCCUCGUAUUUGGGGCCACAGCCAUAUUUCUGUCGGCUUGCUAAUGCGCAGGUUACUAAAAAAAAAAAAAAAAAACCUUUUUGGGAAAGGCUUGGCGAGCAACCUCAAACUGCAAACACAAUCAAAAAAUGGGCUCGUACUCUGACUUGUAAUGACUUCUGGAAAAGAACCCAAAGCCUUAAAGCUCACAUGCGUCACAUUCAGUGAGAACAUCCGUAUCGCUGCACUCCAGCCACAUUCCGAUGCAGUGCCACUCAGUCCUUACAUGAUGCACCCCUUUCUGCCAUAUGACACCCAAUCCAUAACCGCUGUUCGCUACCAGUGCUUCUGGGUCUCUGGAAAUAUAGUAGUUUAAUCAUUAAUUCAUUAUGUGCGGAACUGUAGUGUUCUUAUCGAAUAACCUAAAUUGUUAUUAGUCCUAGCACUCAUUGGUAAUAUACUACUUGAAUGAAAACUAUCUUUUAAAAAAGCAGCUUUUCUUUUCUUGCUUCUGAAGGCUCAUGUACACUACUUUCUACUAUUGUUUCCUGAACCGAAUGAAGUUGUUUCACUCGUCUCCAUGGACAGUUUAAACGCAAGUAACCUUUUGAUCAGAACCUCACUGGGACUAGAGAUAAAAAGUGAGAUAUUUCCCACAUAUGGUAUGUAUUUUACAAAUGUUUGCAAUCCGCAUUUAAAAUGAAUUCAUUAACGUGUAUGAAUCCCCCUUUCACAGACUUGUUUUAAACCUUUUGUGCCCGCCCCUGUUGUGUAACCAAGAGCAGGACAUUCUUUCCACACAUCAAAUUAAACCCAUGAUUUAUUUCAAUAAAAUACAAGAAUUAAAUGCAUUAAAUUAUUUACUAAGAUUCUGA